AGCUUUUGAGGCUUCUGCCCAUCGCAUCGCCAUGGAGGGACCAUCAGAGAAAGUCGACCCAAUGGAGGGCCCCGAAACUCCUCAGAAGGAAGAUGAAGAGGAUUCAUCCGAUGAUACAGAUAUCCUACAACCAGAAACACUAGUAAGGGUCAUGAAAAAGCUAACCCUGAACCCCAGUGCCAAGCGGUCAGGGCGCCGGCGCACUCUACGGAACCAGAUUGCAGCCGUACCUGUGGAGAACAGGAGNGAGAGAAUCCGGAGGGAAGUUCAAGGCGCCUUUCCCCAGAGAAGGGUCCGCACUUUGUUGUCGGUGCUGAAAGACCCUAUAGCAAGGAUGAGAAGAUUUGUUCGGAUUGAGCAGAGACAAAAAAGGCUUGAAGGAAAUGAGUUUGAAGGGGGCAGUGAGCCAUUCAGAUGUCUCUGCACUUUCUGCCAUUAUCAAAGAUGGGAUCCCUCUGAGAACGCUAACAUCGGGAAGAAUUAGGACAGUUUGCUUUGUACCCUGUCCUUGCUGCCGAUGGCACUGCUCAGCAGAUGUGAAAGCUAUUUUUUGUUUAAGAUUAAACUCUCUGGUGCUGGGGAAUCUUUAACCUUUAAAUUGUAUAUAGGAUAUUCAAAGUAUUCUGUGAGGUCUAGACCCUCAAGCUGAGAGGCCCAGGGCUGAGAAAUAAUGUAAAUAGAAUUUGGAGUGUACUUUCCAAUUUGCAGAAAUUUGUAAUAAAGGCAUUUU